GUUGUGUCAUUUUUAGAAGAAUAAAAAAAAUUGCACGGAAACGGCAUCGCAUUUUCACUGGAAAAUCAAUCGGAGAAGAAUUUUUUAUUUCGUGGACAUUUUGAAAGGAUUUGCUUGAGAAACAACAGUGAAAGCAUUUAAUUAUCUUAUCAGCCAAACAGUAGUAUCAAACAUUUGGCCAAUUGUAAUUCGUGCGAAAUAGAGAAGAAAAAACCGAUUCGCAGUACGAGAGUGUGUGUGUGAGAAAAGAAAAAUGGCAGCAAGCGACAAAUCUGUCGAUGAUUCCCUGUAUCCAAUUGCGGUGUUAAUUGAUGAAUUGAAAAAUGAGGAUGUGCAGUUACGUCUGAACUCCAUCAAAAAGCUGUCAACGAUUGCGCUCGCUUUGGGCGAAGAACGCACGCGCUCCGAGUUGAUUCCGUUCCUAACCGAGACCAUAUAUGAUGAAGAUGAGGUUUUAUUGGCCCUGGCCGAUCAAUUGGGCAAUUUCACAAGUCUUGUGGGCGGCCCCGAAUAUGCAAUGUACUUGCUGCCGCCAUUAGAGAGUCUGGCCACCGUCGAGGAGACCGUGGUGCGGGACAAGGCGGUGGAAUCGCUGCGCACCGUUGCCGCCGAGCACAGUGCUCUUGAUUUGGAGAUUCAUGUGGUGCCCACGCUGCAACGUUUGGUCUCCGGCGAUUGGUUCACCUCACGCACCUCGGCCUGUGGUUUGUUCUCCGUGUGCUAUCCACGUGUCACACAACCCGUGAAGGCCGAGCUGCGAGCUAAUUUCCGUAAAUUGUGCCAGGAUGAGACUCCUAUGGUGCGACGUGCAGCAGCCAAUAAGUUGGGUGAAUUCGCCAAAGUUGUCGAGACGGAAUAUUUAAAGUCCGAUUUGAUACCGAACUUUGUUCAACUGGCGCAGGACGAUCAGGAUUCGGUGCGGCUUUUGGCUGUGGAGGCUUGCGUUAGCAUUGCACAAUUACUGCCGCAGGAUGAUGUGGAGCACUUGGUGCUGCCCACAUUGCGUCAGUGCGCCAGCGAUUCGUCGUGGCGUGUACGUUACAUGGUCGCCGAGAAGUUCGUUGACCUACAGAAGGCCGUCGGCCCAGAGAUUACGCGUGUCGAUCUGGUGCCCGCAUUCCAAUAUUUGCUUAAGGAUGCCGAGGCUGAAGUGCGCGCCGCUGUGGCCACAAAAGUGAAGGACUUUUGCGCUAGUUUGGACAAGGCAAACCAAGUGCAAAUCAUUUUGAGCUCAAUUCUGCCGUAUGUGCGCGAUUUGGUCUCUGAUCCGAAUCCACACGUCAAAUCGGCGCUGGCCUCUGUCAUCAUGGGUCUGAGUCCAAUGCUUGGCGCUUAUCAGACAGUCGAACAAUUGCUCCCACUCUUCCUCAUUCAGCUGAAGGACGAGUGUCCCGAAGUGCGUCUCAACAUCAUCUCCAAUUUGGAUUGCGUCAACGAUGUCAUUGGCAUUCAACAAUUGUCACAGUCCCUUCUUCCUGCUAUUGUCGAGCUGGCUGAGGAUUCAAAAUGGCGCGUUCGCUUGGCAAUCAUUGAGUACAUGCCUGCGCUCGCUGGACAGCUGGGACAGGAGUUCUUCGAUCAGAAACUCCGCGGUCUCUGCAUGGGCUGGCUAAAUGAUCAUGUCUAUGCCAUUCGUGAAGCAGCCACACUUAACAUGAAGAAGCUGGUGGAACAGUUUGGUGCCCCGUGGGCCGAGCAAGCCAUUAUUCCAAUGAUAUUAGUCAUGUCACGCAACAAGAACUAUUUGCACAGAAUGACCUGCCUGUUCUGCUUGAAUGUGUUGGCCGAGGUGUGUGGCACGGAUAUUACCACAAAACUGUUGCUGCCAACGGUAUUGCUGUUAGCCGCUGAUCCCGUUGCCAAUGUGCGCUUCAAUGUGGCCAAAACACUGCAGAAGAUUUCACCGUUCUUGGAGGCCAGCGUCAUUGAUGCACAAGUCAAGCCCACGCUAGACAAACUGAAUGCCGAUACCGAUGUAGAUGUUAAACAUUUCGCUGCACAGGCGAUUGCGGGCAUUGCCGCCGAAAUGGAGCUAAACGUGUUUAGAACCGCUGUGCCGCCCUGCAUGGGUCUGAAGAUUGAAGCGGCAUUGAACUCGCGACUAGUUGUUGAGCCGCCACCAAUGUCAGCAGCGGCAGGGGGUGAAGCUGAUGGCGGUGAUGUCCAACUGCAGUUAAAUGCUGGAACUGAGAAUAACAACUCCAACGAUGCGGAGAAGCAGAUGAAAAGUGUUACGGAAUCAACACUUAAGAACGGAAACUUGUAGUUGUUAAAUGGAUUCUUCAACUUAACGUGUAGAAAGAAAUGGAGCCGAUAAAAACGCAACUAGAUCACCACUGAGAGCCCAAACCUCGACCCUAACAACAUAUUUACCAUUUUCAAAAUGCAUGAAUCGAGCAAAGCGAAAGCAUAACGGAUGAGCCACAAAAAAAAACGCGAAACAUAAGAAUAUCUAUCACUUACCUACUUAUAUAAUAAAAUACAUGAUUUACCACAUAAGCAAACAUUCAUUAUUAAAAAAAAAAUGUGUAGACUUUGAAAAACAAACAAAAAUGUAUUGGUUAAUCGCAUCUGAAUGCAAAAUAAAAUUUAUUGUAAAAGAAUAA